AUGGCGUUAUCAACAGCGGCUUCCGGCCAAGGUGAUUACAAGGCGCAGCCCAAGGCCAGCGCACAUGGUGGAGGCGACGACGACGAAAGAUGUACGCAGCCAGAUCCCUCGGAAAGGGGAAAAGAAGAUCAAAUUGUCUCGACCGAUACCGCGAGCGACGAGAACGCAGAGCUCAGUCGCCUCGGUCUCGAGUCACCAGCAAAGAGAGACAUUGGGCUUCUGGGGAUCGUCGGUCUGGGAUGGAACAUCAGCAACAGCUGGGCGGCGAUCGCUGCAACGCUCGUCAUAUCCAUCACCUCGGGCGGGCCGGUGACACUGCUCUACGGCAUCAUACUCAUCUUUGUGCUUGGGGGUGCCUGCGCUCUGAGCAUGGCCGAGAUCGCUUCCGUUUACCCGACUGCCGGGGGCCAGUACCACUGGACAAGUAUCUUGGCACCGAGACAUCUCAGCCGCGGUCUUAGCUAUUGCUGCGGCUCCAUCAACUUCCUCGGCUGGAUCGCGAACGGUGCCGGCUUCAUCAUCCAGAUGCCCGUCAUCAUUCUCUCCCUCGCGGCCUAUCUCGACCCGACGUAUGUGCCCGAGACCUGGCACAUCUUUCUGGUCUUUCAGGCUUUCAACGUUGCCUUCACCGCGUACAACGUCUUCCUCAUGAAGCGUACCGCAUGGAUCCAUGAUGUUGGAUUCUUCCUGUCACUCGCCGGCUUCGUCGUCAUCACCGUUACGUGUCUGGCGCGGUCGGAGCACAAGCAGGAUGACGCCUUCGUCUGGACCACUUUCGUCAACGAGAGCGGGUGGUCGUCGCGCGGGAUAGUCUUCUUGACUGGGCUGCUCAACCCCAACUUCAUCUACUCGGGUCUCGACGGUGCUGUUCAUCUGGCAGAAGAGUGCACGAACGCGUCCUCGGCGAUCCCAAGGGCCUUGAUCUCAACAGUCACCAUCGGCUUUGUGUCAGCCUUUACCUUUAGCGUGGCCAUGUUGUAUAGCUUCACUGAUCUUGAGCCCGUGCUGUCGUCUCCACUCCCCAUCCUCGAGAUAUGGUCUCAAGCGACCGGGUCAAGCGCGGCAGCAACCGCCUUUGUGGUCAUUCUCUCGGUUUGCGGCUGCUUUGCAUGCACAGGCGCCUUGCAGACCGCCAGUCGACUGACAUGGUCAUUCGCUCGCGACGAUGCAAUCGUCUUCUCUUCCUUCCUGCGAAAAGUGCAUCCUACUCUCGGGGUCCCCGUCAACGCGCUUCUCGUCAACUUCUUUCUCGUCUUCGCCCUCGGCUGCAUCUUCCUCGGGUCUUCGACGGCCUUCAACGCCCUUGUCGCCACCGGCCUCAUCCUCCAGCAAGUCAGCUUCGCGUUCCCUGCGGCAUUGGCCCUCUAUCACCGGGCCCGGGGACCAGCGGCGUUCGAGAAGGUGCUGCCGCGGAGGAAAUUCAGACUGCCGGGCGUUGCGGGGCUACUCGCCAAUUCUCUGACGAUAGUUCACGGUCUUCUGGCCUUGGUGUUUUACGUCUUUCCUGUGGUUAUGCCGGUCUCUGCAUCCAACAUGAAUUAUGCAAUCGUUGUACUGGGUGUAAUGGCUCUCUUUUCUGUGGCAAACUGGUUUGGUUACGCGAAUAGGAGAUACAAGGGGCCUCGACUUGAUUAG